AUGUCCUUCAACCUCCCGCCCCCAGCCUCGCCAUCGACCUCCGGCCUCGACUUCGCCGACAAACCCUAUCACACGUCGCGCAUCGACCCUUUAACCCGCUUCCAUGAGGAUGUAGCCCAGGUCCGACGCUGGGUCGAGGACAAUUUGUCGAACUUUUCCCACCUAAACGAGAUAAUUGUCCUUCGACUCGGUUCAGACACGCUCCCCCACCAGCAUCUAACCAUCGAUGCAACUACUGUUCCGCCCGUCCUAGCCACAACUAUCCCCUCCACCCUCCACAAGUCCAUAACCAUCCUGCCAGAGUACAUCCUCGACGCAAUCGAGGGGCGCAUGCACAGCCAACAUGCUUUCGGAAAACGCGCCACGCCGCCCACCCAUGGCGUCAUACCUUCCUGCUUCGCGCCCGCCGGUGUUCCGGAGCCUUGCAUGGCCGUAGACUCCAAGACGCUGCCAAAGCCGACAGAAGACGUGGCGCAGCUGAAGCGCGAUUUGACGACAUGGGGGUAUGCAAUCUGCGCAAAUGCGCUGAGCACCGAGCAGGUGCAGAUUAUUCGGACCGCGGUGGAGGAGCAGGCCGAGGCAGAGAGGCUGGUCGGGGUCGGGCAUUUGGAUACCGCGCACAAGAAGGCCGGGGAUCAGCCAAAUCAGCGGGUUUGGAACCUCCCCAACAAAGGCGACGAGUUCCUCGACCUGCUUAACCACCCACUCAUUGACGCCGUCAUGCCGUGGUUCUUGGGCGGCAACUUCAGCCUCUUCACCAUGUCGGCCAACAUCGCGCGGCCCGGCACGUCGGGAAUAUACAUGCACCGCGACCAAAUGGUCAUGACGCCGGACACGACCGCGCAUGCAUACGUGCUCAACUCCAUGUGGUAUUUGACUGACGUUUCCGAUGAGAAAGGUGCCACGCGGGUGUAUCCGGGUAGCCAUCUAACGAAUGUUUUGCCGACUAGUAUAAAUCAUGUUGGCACGUCGGUCCCUAUCGCAGCACCAGCAGGCUCAUGCGUGCUCCUCGACAGUAGAACCUGGCACUCGACGGGCGUCAACACGACCAACGAGGCGCGGCCCGUUAUCCUACAGUCUUUUUGCAGGUUCUUUAUCCGGCAGAUUGAGAGCUACCAGGCUAUUCUGAGCGACGACGUCAAAGCCAAGUUGUCGGAGCGCCAGAGGGCGCUGUUAGGUUUGCCGAGUUUGAAGCCCGUUGGCAAGGGACAGGGGUAG